GCUGAUGAGGCUUGGGUGCGUGGAGGCUCUCAACCGACCGCGCUAACAUGACUGAAGGACAUGCUCCAAGACGCACGCGGAGGAUUACGGCUCACAUGACAACACUACCUGGAACGCAUGCUUGAAUGUUCCGUGGCGAACAGCAAAUGUGAAGCAGAUGGGAUGCUGAUCACUUCAUUCAUACAUUACAAGACCUGCUUAAAUAAAAUGGCACGCUGUCAACUUGGUGCUCGCGAUCAGAUAGUUGGAAGACAGCAGCAGCGGUGAAUUGGAUCUCAAGGGCACCGAUCUUUCUGGUGACCCUUUUUCUCUGUGAUUUCCUAUUGAAUCCGUUACUGUUUUCAAAUCUUCGCCUUCUUGAACGUAGCUCAAAGGCACAUACACAAGCAAAGGAGAGAACGACAUCCGUAUAUAAAAGAGACAGGCUGACAGACAGACAUACAGAGAGACAGAGACACUGGCACGACUUCAAAGAUAGGAGAGAGAGAGAGAGAGAGAGAGAGAGAGAGAGAGAGAGAGAGAGAGAGAGAGAGAGAGAGAGAGAGAGAGAGAUUCAACUUGUGAAAUGGCGGACAUCCGAGCAGAGGACAGCGCUAGGACGGAUGGAGGACAAAGAGAGAGUAUUCCGAUAGGUAUUGACUUAGGAACCUCUUUCUGUUGCGUAGGAGCAAUGGCCAAUGGCAAAGUAGAGAUCAUACCGAACCUUGAGGGAAAGCGGAUUACUCCGUCCUACGUGGGGUUCUCUAAGGAGGACAGGUGGGUAGGAGAGGCAGCGAAGGCGCAGUAUGUGAAGAGUCCAAAAAACACGUUUUUCGAAGUGAAGCGGUUGAUCGGUCGAAAGUUCAUUGACACAGAGGUUACGAGGGACGCUAAGCGGUGGCAAUUUGAACUCAGAGAGGGUCAAAAGGGAGGGGUAGUAUUAUGGGCGGACAGUGUGCAAAAGGAGUUCACCCCAGAGGAGAUCUCUGCGCACUUGUUGGUGCACAUGAAAGAGAUCGCCGAGAAGUUUUUCACUACCGGAGAUGGAGCGCCCAUCAUUAAGGACGCUGUGAUUACGGUGCCGGCCUACUUCAACGACGCGCAGAGGCAGGCAACGAAGGACGCGGCGACGAUCGCCGGGUUAAAUGUGCUGGAGCUGAUGAACGAGCCAACGGCCGCCGCUCUCGUGUUUGCACACGAAAAGGUGUUCAGGGCGGGAAAGAGGACAGUUUUGGUUUUCGAUUUGGGCGGCGGGACAUUUGACGUCUCGAUAAUGACGGUGGACGAAUUUGCUUUCGUCGGAGUAGCGUUGGCGGGAGAUGCUCAUUUGGGCGGGGCGGAUUUCGACGGCAGACUGAUCGACUACGUGAGCAGUGAAUUCGAGCGGAAGGUGCCGGGAUCGAACCCGCGUGCGACCGUCAAACUGCGUCGCAAAAUCCGAGAAGCUUGCAUUCAAGCGAAGAUCGACCUCUCCCAGAUGCAUGCGACCAAUAUCAUGAUCGAAAAUGGCGACGACGAUUUCGAGUUGAAGAUAACGCGCGCCAAGUUUGAGGAGCUGAACAUGGAUCUCUUCCAGAAGUGCAUCGAUUGCGUGGAGAGGGCGCUGAUCGAUGCUCAGCUGACGAAGGAACAAGUCACAGACGUUGUGCUGGUCGGCGGUUCGUCCAGGAUUCCCUACGUGCAAGAUCUUCUGGAGAGGCUCAUGGGGCUGAAACCCUUGAUGUGUGUACACGCCGACGAGGCCGUCGCGCGUGGCGCCACCAUCCAGGCUUCGUUUCGAAUUGCAAAAUUUACCCAGGCGGAGCGCCCCAAGGCCCCUGUCGCCCCCCCCCCUCAACUCACCGAUGUCGUGCCUUUCAGCAUAGGAUUAGAUCUGAACAACGGCAAGAUGCGCGUCCUCAUUCCCAAGAACACCAAGAGGCCUGCGGAGGGGAAAUGUACGCUUAUUACCAGUCGGGACAACCAGACGAGCAUGCUCUUCCCUGUCUAUCAGGGGGAGAACGAGUUCGCCGUGGAUAACGUGUACCUGGGCUCGUUCACCCUCGCCGGGUUUGAACCGGCGCCGAGGGGGAAAGCGAGUGCGGAGGUGACGUUUAGUGUGGAUGAGAACGGGAUCCUGAGCGCGACGGCGGAGGCUAAGACGGGUAAUGUGCCGGGCAGAACCGCGUCGGUCAAAAUCACUGCGGAUAAGGGCAGGCUGUCAGACGAGCAGAUGGCGGGAAUAGUCCACUCAGUGGAAGAGUACAACAGAAGAGAUCGUGCCAACCAAGCACGAGCUCAGGAAGAGUACGAGAGAGACCGGACACGUGUACGGCACGGUAGCUCUCUCGUUGUCCGUUGACCAAUUUGAAAGCAGAACUUUUAGGGCGUACUCACUCACAGGUGUACUUUCGUAAAUGUAUCUGACUGCAAAUGCGACCAGAUAUGGAUGAAUCUGACGGCAAAAUGACGUCCAGCUUAGAAGAAAAAGCCCUCAUGUGUGGUGAGGUUUUAUGCUCUUAAUCGCCGCUGUGUUUACAAG